AAAUAGAUUAACCCGUAAUCUAUAAAUUAGCUAGCUUCAGUUGAGUCUAUGGUUCUUCUGUGAACUGAGAAGUAUUGCAGGGAACUGAAAUAGAACUUGCCAUGUCAGGGUUGAUCAGAUCUCUCUCUCUCUUUCUUCGUUAGACAAACUGGAAAAUAAAUUAGUUUGUUUAAGUCAUAAUAACGAGUCUCACUCUCCUCCCUCUUGUUGGUGGUGUUGUGUUCCCAAAGCAGAGAGACAGACAGGCUGCAGUACCCUAUGCUUCUCCCACUGGUCACCAAGCAAACUCAGCAGGCUUUGCCUUUUGCAAAAAUGAAGGAUAUAAAAGAAGGAAGUCCUGCAAAAAGCUUUUGGAAACUUUCUCCACAUAUACAUACAUGAUGAAUACAUCCCCCCACUCACAGGCCUAAUUAAAAACCAACCACGCUUUCGAAAAACCACAUUUCUCUCUCUCUCUCUCUCUCUCUCUCUCUCUCUCCAUGGACUUCAAUCUGAAGCAAUGGAGAUACCAGCGGCAGCAGGAUGAGUCAGACCCGCAACCACAGCAACCCUCUGCAAAGUUACCAAGACUUCUCCUUCAACCUCAUCAGCAACAACAAUCGGACCCAUCACUUGUCUCUUCCACUGCCCUUCCUUUCUUUGUACCUGAACUCACCAGCACCAAACUCACCGACCUGUCAGCUCCAUUUCCACCUGAUCAUUCAACCACCACCAGGCUUCCCAAGAUGGGAGGAGGCUACUUCAGCUUGGCACAGUGGCAGGAGCUUGAGCUGCAGGCAUUGAUCUACAGGCAUAUGCUGGCUGGUGUUGCUGUUCCUCCUGAACUUCUUCACCUUGUGAAGAAAAGCCUUCUCAACACCUCUUCUCCUCUUUCUCCUUACUAUCUCCAUCCCCCUCUUCAACCCUACUCGCAUUGUCAUCCAGCUUUACUGCAAUCAGGGUAUUGGGGAAGAGCGGCCAUGGAUCCGGAGCCCGGCCGGUGCCGAAGAACAGACGGCAAGAAGUGGCGGUGUUCCAGGGAUGUGGUCGCCGGCCAGAAGUACUGCGAGCGCCACAUGCACCGUGGCCGGAACCGUUCAAGAAAGCCUGUGGAAAUCCCCACAUCCUCCACUGUUGGCGGCGGAGGUCUUGGUUUUGGCGGCGGCGGCGAUGGCGGAGUUCUUAAACCCAGUAUCCCCCUUUCUUCCCAUGCCCCGACAGGAAUGGCUACUGGGUCCCAUUUCAGUCUGUCUGGGCAUUCCCCUUCCAUUGAUCUUCUCCACCUCAAUCACAGACCCCAAGAAUCAAGAACCGAGAACAAGGGUUUAUUCGAAACCCAGAAUGACGUUGCCAGGGAUGGAAAAUCCGGCGACCGGGUGCUUCGCCAUUUCUUCGACGACUGGCCGAGAUCACUUGAGGAACAGGAACAGGACCAUGCCCAAAGCAAUGGAAGCCCAGUUGUUUCAUCCACCUGCCUCUCCAUGUCAACGCCGGGCAGUGCUCGUCCAACCUCCGACUUCUCGUUAAAACUGUCGACCGGCAAUGGAGCCGGCGAUCCGGGUGGCCUCCUAGAUGGGAGCAGCGAAAGAGCGCGCAUUCAGUUGAACUGGGCUGCGAGUUGGGGAACCAGCCAGGUAGCUCCCAUGGGAGGACCUCUGGCUGAAGCGUUGAGAUCAUCCUCAACCUCCAAUUCAUCGCCGACGAGCGUGCUGCAUCAGCUGCCUCGCAGCUUAACAUCGGAGACAAGUUAUGUCAGCACCUGAAUUUUGUUGAAUGUUUCGAACAGUUCUUCUUUUCGUUUUCUUCAGUUUGUUUCUGAUGGUGCUGUUGGAUUAUAUCAUGUGUUUAACUCGAUCAUCGGUGUCCUUGGGUAUUUGUCCUUUGUUGGGCUUUUGCUUUCGAUGUGAUUAUAAUGGAUGGAGUUGCAGAGGAGUGUUGGGUUAUCCGUAGUCUACUGGAAAGGAAUAUUACUACUUGGA